UCUUAAGAAAAAAAUCCAUUUCUUUAACAGCACACACUAUUUUCAACCCAUUAGAUUUCAAUAUAGACAACAACCAUAUUAUUAUUAUUAUUAUUAUUAUUGUUGUUGUUGUUGUGCACGAUGGCAGAUGUUAACACGUUUCGGGACUUCCCCACCCGUUCGGUUAUUUUCACAGAGCGCGAACGCGUCCUCGAGGCCCGUCGUGCGCUUGUGCAGGAACUUCAGCAAAGCGUCAACGUCCUUCAGCUGGAAAACGACUCCCGCGAGGAGCACCUUCGCCAUGAGCGGCUUCGCUACGCCCAGCGAAAAAGUCUCCAGGACGAAAAGUUGAGCACGAAGGAGGCCCAAAUUCGCACCCAACACGAACGGCUUCAACAGUUCGUCUCGGAAGAGGAGCGCUUGCAAGGGGCUUUGCAGCGGUGCGAGGAGAGUAUUCAGGCCGCCACCGGGGAGUUAGAGCGCCGAAAGGAGUUAGAGAUUAAAGUACACGAGAUUAAGGAUCGCUUGACGCAGAUGAAGUUAAGGCUGGAGGAAAGUGAGGGAAAUUUAAUAAAACUCGAGAGUCGAAUGGAGCGGCAGGCGAUAAUAACGGAAAAGCGCCAUGGGAUGGUUGUGGAUCAAGUGCCCACUAUUUCCCUGCCUCGUCUUGGUGACAAUGAAAGGGGAUUAAGCGUCGAGGAUAUGGCGGGGGAUAGUAUUCUUCUGGUAGAUGAAACACUUUAACUGUUGAGUUCAGAUGUAUAUAUAUAUAUUUUUUCUAGCUCGUUCUCACUUUCAGAGGGGAGAUUUAUAGAUAUUGAUUGUGUUCUAUUUUCCACCAGUGGAUUCAGUUUUUUCACUUUUAGAUUAUGAUUAUAAUUUUCUAUCGCCCUUUUUAGACGUUAGCACCUGCGCACGAAACGCGUUUUUAUUUGUUCUAUUUAUUUACUAUUCUUGUGUUUAUAUUGGACACGAAAGAAAA